AUGAUUAGUAAAAUUGAACAAUUAUUUGAUGUCCAUAUUGACAAUAAAGAGAAAAGACUUGAUUGGAAAGAUUGGAGAAUUGAUGUUAUGAAAUUUGAUCAAUAUAGAAGAAAUGAUAAUAAUAUGAAUAAUGGUAAUGCAACAACAAUGGAUACAAAUCCUAAUGAACGUGAACAAUUUGAAGAUUUUGGUUUAUUAAUUACAGGUCAAGCAUUAGGAUAUGCAUUAAAAAAUAAAUUAAAAAUGAAAUUUCUUGAACUUGGUACAAUCUGUAAAGCUGUUAUUUGUUGCCGUGUAACACAAUUACAAAAAGCUCAAGUUGUUGAAUUAGUUAUACAAAAUGAAAAAAAAAAUUACAUUAGCUAUUUCUGA